CGAAACGCAGAAGGUCAUGUGAGAGAGGAGCUGAAUGUAAAUAGGAUAUUCUGGCUGUAAGGGACGAUGGUCAAUGUUUAUUAUAGCUCGUUUUGUGAGGCAAGAACGAAACCAAACUCAUUAGAGCCGAGUGGUGGUGUUUUUUUCAUUCAACAGAAAGUGUUAAAAUGGGAUUUUGAUGUACAAACUCAAGCAAAUUCCCAGAAAGCUGUGUGUUUGACUCCAGUGUGGAGCUGAAUAAGAGUUUUGUGGUUUCAGCAGUUUGUAGCUACUGUAGGUUCAUGGCAAACACCAAGAAGAAGAACGAAGCUCAUUCAGCAGCGUUUACAUCAUUAAGCGUGGAGCCCGACAGUGAUAAGCAGCAAGCUCAGGUUCCUGGUGUCAGAGUGUCCGAGUCGAAAUGGCAGAGCUGGAUAAGGAAAGUGACUCUGCUCCUGCCAUACAUGUGGCCCCGGUCGAGUGGCCCACUACAGUUUCUGGUGUUCCUGUGUGUUUGCCUUCUGGGCUUGGAGAGACUCAUCAACGUGUUAGUGCCUGUAUACAGCAAGAACAUAGUAAACCAGUUAUCAGAAAAGGAGAAUUGGAGAAGCCUAGCAGCCACUGUUUGUAUCUAUGUCCUUCUCAAGUUCCUACAGGGUGGGGGAGCAGGAACAUCAGGCUUUGUGAGUAACAUGCGUUCUUUCCUGUGGACACAUGUUCAGCAGCACACCAGUCGCACAGUGCAGCUGGAGUUGUUUGCCCACCUGCAUGCCCUCUCUUUACGCUGGCACCUGGGCAGAAAAACGGGUGACGUCCUGCGCAGCAUUGAUCGUGGCACAGCUUCUGUCAGCCACCUAUUAGACUACAUUUUAUUCACCAUGCUGCCGACUAUAGCUGACAUCGUUAUUGCCAUCAUUUUCUUUGUCUCUUCUUUUAACGCCUGGUUCGGCCUCAUCGUGUUUAUCUGCAUGUUACUUUACCUCAUACUGACUAUAAUCAUCACAGAGUGGAGAACCAAGUACAGACGUGAAAUGAACACACAGGACAACAAUGCCAAGUCUAAGGCAGUAGAUUCGCUUCUCAACUUUGAAACUGUGAAGUAUUACAAUUCAGAGAAUUAUGAAGUCAGGCGUUUUGAGGAUGCUAUCUUGAAAUAUCAGACCUCAGAGUGGAAGACAAAUGCUUCUCUUGCCUUGCUAAACCAAACCCAAAACUUGAUCAUAGGCUCAGGCUUGCUUGCUGGAUCUCUACUCUGUGCAUACUUUGUCACAGUGGACCAGUUCCAGGUUGGGGACUAUGUUCUGUUUGGGACCUACAUUGUCCAGCUUUACAUGCCUCUCAACUGGUUCGGCACAUACUACAGGCUGAUCCAGGCUGCUUUUAUUGAUAUGGAGAAUAUGCUUGAGCUUCUAACUGAAGAGAAAGAGGUGAAAGAUGAUCUGAAUGCAGUAGAUCUGUUUUGCACUGAAGGAAGAGUUGAUUUCCAAAAUGUGUGUUUCAGCUACACUGCAGGGAAAGAAAUUCUCAGAAAUGUUUCCUUCACAGUGAUGCCUGGUCAAACAGUAGCACUAGUCGGACAGUCUGGGUCGGGCAAAAGCACCAUCAUCCGUCUGCUUUUCCGUUUUUAUGAUGUACAAGAAGGCUGCAUCCUUGUUGAUGGGCAGGACAUCUCAAAGGCAAAACAGAGCUCUCUCCGAUCUUACAUUGGGGUGGUCCCUCAGGAUACCGUUCUAUUUAAUGACAACAUCAGGGAGAACAUCCGCUAUGGACGGAUCAGUGCCACUGACCAGGCAGUGGAAGAGGCUGCAUUAGCUGCAGACAUUCACCAUAAAAUCCUGUCACUUUCAGAUGGUUAUGACACUCAGGUGGGGGAGAGGGGCCUCAAGCUAAGUGGGGGUGAGAAACAGAGAGUGGCCAUUGCUCGCACUAUCCUCAAAGCCCCCCGAAUCAUCCUGCUGGACGAGGCUACUUCUGCUUUGGACACGCAAACAGAGCGCAACAUCCAGGCCUCACUUACCAGAGUGUGUGCCAGCAGGACAACUAUUGUGGUGGCACACAGGUUAUCUACUAUAAUUGCAUCAGACCUCAUACUGGUUCUGCAUGAAGGGCAGAUUGUGGAACAUGGAAGGCAUGAGGAGUUACUGGCCAUGCAAGGAAUGUAUUCAGCCAUGUGGCAAAAACAGCAGCAGCAGGAUCUUGAAACAAGUGCCUCCUCAGAUACAGAAACAAAAGUGCAACGAGAUGGAGAAUGACUGAAGUGCAGGAAAAAGUGAAAGGAUGUUCGGUGACCUUAGGCAGAAGAAAAUAUUCAAGAAAGAAUAUUAUGAAUACUAAUACUAAGAAUACUUAGCAGUUAUUGUGCCAAGCUGUUACUUUCUAUUUUAAAUCCUUUCAACAUGCUGACUGUACUUGUGAAAAAGUUUUUUUUUUAAAUAAAAGUUAAUUUUAUUUUCAA